CAGCCCCCCCGCCCGGCCCGGCCCCCCCAAUGCCGCGGAAGGCGCUGGUCUGCGCCCUGGAGCUGGAGCUCCGCUCGAUAACUUGCCCUGGAGUAUUGCUGAAAGACAAAAGUGAGCUCUAUCUCAGCGCCUGUGUAUUUGGACAGUACAAAAGGACUCAAUGUGUCCCUGCAGCAUUUCCACUCUUCUUAGAAGAGAAACUAGUAUUUGAAAAGGUAUUUACUGAUGUAGUUGAUCCUGGAGAACUUGUUGAGCUACUUGAAUUUGACACUGCAGUACUUGAACUAAUACAACUUGUUCCUCCAGUGGGAGAAAUUCUAGCCACUUAUGAAGAAAAUACAAGAGAUUUCCUGUUCUCUGACCCUAAGCUUACUCGUGGGCACCAUGGUUCAGAUCGUGAAGUUUUAAUGAAGCGGUCUUCUAGUUUUACAGGAAUUGCACCAAAAUUGAGAUUUUCUACCAGCUCCCUUAUUACAGAAAGCCUGUUAAGUUCAGGAAGGAUUCAUGUGCAGGAUAAUUUGGAUCGGGUGCAUCAUUCAACACCAAAUGGAAGAUUACAAACAAGGUCACCAAAGAAAAACACCCCUUCACCUGAGAAAAACAGGCACUGCUUAGCAACAAAGAACUAUGAGCAGCCCACAAUAGCUUCUAAAUCACGAUCUCCAUCUCCAUACACAAAAAGACGAAUGUGUGAGCUAUCAGAAGAAGCCAGACAACGACUGGCCCAUUUAAAUCUGGGGCCUUUUGAAUUCAGAAGAGAAACCGAUAAACCUCCAUUUGUAGUUAGACAUAUUGAACAUCCGAACCCCACUGUUGAUGUUCAUACUUGGCGUCCCACCAGAGACAGUGGACGAGAAGGUUGGUCCAGGGUAUCUUAUGAUCCUUCUCUUCUUGGCAGCUAUAGACCCAAGCAUACUAAAAUUAUCAGGUCUCAUCAUGGGAAAGACUUAGAUGGCUCUUCUGACAGCUGUGAUGAGCACCCGAUGUCGGGUACUGCUAGUAGGCAAUUUCGUUCUACUAGUUCAUUAAUACGUUCAGCACUCUCCUCAUUGCAGAAACAUUCCUCAAGUCCUGUAUUAAACCGUUCUUCUCUUAGAGAAAGAUUUAACUCUGGUUGGUCUACACCAGCAAAUGGAGAAGAGAUCCAUAAACGAGUGAAAAACAUUUUAAGGACACACAGUGCUAGGCAAAGGCUAACAUUUAUUCAUGAUUCCUCUUCUCCUCAGACUGAUCAUUUUGGCUUUGCUUAUGUUAACAGUUCAUCGGCUCAGCAGAACACCACCGUUCACUUGGAUAAUGGUGAAUAUUGGUCCAACCGUGCAGCUGUGUAUAAAGGAAAACCCCACAGAGCUAUCUUUGAAGACAGCCUGGAGAAAAUAUACAGAAACAUGUACAAAAAAGCUUGUGGCACCAUUUCAAAAAGAAAAAUACCCUCCUGAUAGCAAUACCACCAGAAAUGUACAGUGCACAAGGUUACUAUUUUUAAUGAGAAUUAUUUUUGUGUAACAAAUAUUUGUACUCUAUUUUUUAACAUGGAUUGUUCACUGGGAAGAACUCUUCUGGGCUAGUGGGGCUUUGAGGCUGGGACCCCAAAAGCAAAAUUUUAAAAUAAAAAGAAAAUCUGAAACAAUUAAAGUUAAGCAGGCGCAUUGUUCCCUUAAGAAGCUAGGAUGGUGCUAUUUCACCCACCCCCUCUUCGUCCUUUUCAGUUCUGAAGCAGGCGCUGAGUAAAGUGGAUGCUCC